CCACUUUGAUAUUAUGGAGUAUUGUGUAUAGGCCAGUGAAAAUCUACAUUUAUUCAAUUUAAAUUCAUACUGUAGCACAACAAAAUGUGAAAAAAGUCAAGGGGUGUGAAUACUUUCUGGAAAUUGAUCCAACUACAAAAGAGGGGGCCCAUGGGCCACCAGUUGCCCAUCCCUGGUUUAAACACUCUGCCUUGAUUGCAGGCACAACAACCAAACCUAUUCAGGCUGUACCACAGCUUGGGCAGACUGAGCCUGCAGCCACUGUGAUGCCAACAGGGGUGCUAACCACAGCCCUGACCUCAUCGCCCCCAGCCAGCCAAUCAGAAGCAGGGAAAACUGUAACAUCACCCACAGAGGAGGAGACGACAACCACUUUGAUCACCACCACAACCAUCACCACAGUGCAUAUGCCAGUGCAGUGCAAUACCAGUCUCUCUGGGAUGGAGGGCAUUGUGGAGUCUCCAAAUCCUCUCUCCUCAUCCCCUUACUCUCCUCUGGAGUGCAUCUACAGCAUCACAGUGUAUCCGGGUUAUGGAGUGGAAAUUCAGGUGAAGAAAGUGAACCUAUCCAAGGACGAGUCCCUGACUAUCCUUGGCUAUGGAGGGACGGGACCAGAACUCUUAGCCAAUGAGACCCUGAUGCGUGAGGGUCAGGUGAUUCGAAGCUCAACCAAUCAGGUGCAGAUUUACUACCGCAGUCUCCGGCAGACUGAUCAUGGUGUGUUCAGCCUACACUAUCAAGCCUUCCUCCUCUCCUGCUUGUUCCCUCUUUCUCCUGAGGGAGGGGGUGUGACAGUAACGGACAUCCACCCUGGAGGCCAUGCCCACUUCCACUGUGACCCUGGCUUCCAGGUCAGGGGCCACGAGGUAGCCACCUGCUUGAACAUGACUCAACCCCAUUGGAGCUCUCCUGAACCUCAGUGUGUGGCUGUGUCAUGUGGAGGGUGGAUCCGAAACGCGACCGUGGGUAGAAUCUUCUCGCCGCCUCCUCCAUCUACGAGUAACCAUAGCAACGGCAAUAAUCUGAGCUGCCAUUGGCUACUGGAGGCCAAGAAGGGACAUAGGCUUCACCUCCACUUUGAGAGGGUUGCGCUGGACGAGGACAAUGAUAAGCUGAUUGUGCGAAGCGGAAACAACUCUAUGGCUCCGCUGCUCUUUGACUCAGACCUGGACGAUGUUCCAGAGCGUGGAAUCGUGAGUGAGGGCUUCAUACUCUACCUGGAGCUCACGGCCGACUCCUCUUUCAUCCCGCUACUGCUAGCUCUGCGCUAUGAAGCCUUUGACGGGGAACACUGUUAUGAGCCCUACUUACCCCAUGGGAAUUUCAGCAGCAGUGACAUUGCCUUUCCGUUGGGAACCACAGUCAUCUUCUCCUGCUCCCCAGGCUUUGUCAUGGAGCAGGGCUCCGGGGUCAUUGAGUGUGUGGACCCAAGCAAUCCACACUGGAAUGAGAGUGAGCCUGUGUGUAAAGCUUUGUGUGGGGGAGAGUUGACCGAUCCCUCCAGUACUGUUCUGUCCCCCGAUUGGCCACAGAGCUACUCCAAGGGGCAGGACUGUGUGUGGCAGAUCCAUGGUAAUGAGGAGAAGCGCAUCGAACUGGACAUCCAGAUUAUGAAUAUCCGCCACAACGACGUUCUCACCAUAUUCGAUGGUCACGACCUCAUGUCCCAUGUGAUUGGCCAGUACCUGGGGUCACGAGAGCGUUUCCAGGUCGUGUCAGGUGGUUCUGAGGUCACUAUUCAGUUCCAGAGUGACCCUGACGAUUCCUCCUUUAUUCUCAGCCAGGGGUUCCUUAUUCACUACCGUGAGGUAGAGCCUAAUGACACCUGCCCUGCCCUCCCUCAAAUCGAAUUUGGCUGGAUUAGCUCCUCCCACACCUCUCCCGUGAGGGGAAGUGUGUUGACCUAUCAGUGCCAGCCGGGGUAUGACAUCAGUGGCUCUGACAUCAUCACUUGCCAAUGGGAUCUUUCCUGGAGCAAUAGCCCACCCACCUGCAUCAAAGUCCAGCAGUGUCCUGAUCCGGGGGAGGUGGUGAACGGAGCGCGUUCGGUACGCCCAGAGUCUGGAUUCGCUGUUGGAACAGUGGUGCGCUUCUCCUGUAACCAGGGUUACCAGCUGGAGGGCCCUGGUCAGAUCUCCUGCCAUGGACGGGAUACGGGCACCCCCAAGUGGAGUGACCGCAGCCCCAAAUGUGUCUUGAAGUAUGACCCAUGCCCAAACCCAGGUGUGCCAGACAAUGGUUACCAGACAUUGUACAAACAUAGCUACCAGGCAGGAGAGACGCUCCGUUUUUUCUGCUAUGAGGGCUAUGAACUCAUUGGGGAGGUUAUUAUCAACUGUGUCCCGGGCCACCCAUCUCAAUGGAACAGUCCACCACCCUUCUGCAAAGUGGCAUACGAGGAGCUGUUGGAUGAUCAUAAAUUAGAAGUAUCCCAGUCAUUGGAGCCCUCCCACCAGAUGCUAAGUGAGAACAUUGCCUUGGCAAUCAUCCUGCCAAUCAUCCUGGUCAUCCUUCUGAUUGGUGGAAUCUACAUGUAUUACACAAAUGUAUGUAGACUGCAGUGGAAGCCACUUUUCUGGAAGUCUCUCUCUCACACCCACUCAUACAGCCCAAUUACUGUGGAGUCUGACUUCAACAACCCUCUAUACGAGGCAGGGGACACACGGGAGUAUGAGGUGUCCAUUUGAAGAAGAAACGUCUUGAGAAGAAUUAAAA